AUGGAUUCUUCACCUUCUUUCAAGAAGCUCCUCGUCCGCUCUUUGCUCCUGCUGGGGCCGUCGCUCGUUGCGGCUCAAGGGGGGAACCUGGCAUCGUGCCUCGACAGCGCCGGAGUGCCUUACAUCCUUGACAGCGCUCCUAACUGGGCCAACGAGACCUCGCCGUGGCAACUCCGUCUCAAGGAUGAUGUGAGCCCUGCGGCAUUGGCCUACCCGACCGACACGGACCAUAUCGCCGCGUGUUUGGCCUGUGCCGAAGAGACCAAGACCAAGGUGUCGGUCCUCUCCGGUGGACACUCGUUUGUCGCCUACGGAUUCGGCGAUCCAGGAAACCUGGUUAUCAACAUGGCGGCCUUCAACACCUGCUCCUACGACGCAGCGUCGGAGACCUACACCAUGGGCGGAGGAACCCGCGUCGGUCCUGCCGUGAAGCAGCUGUGGGAAGAAAACCAGAGACAUUUCGCGCACGUCCGUCACGGCCGAGUCGGUGUGGUCGGGGCCUCCAUCGGUGGUGGUUUUGGGACCACCUCCCGAUUCCUGGGGACGCCCAUGGACAACAUCGCCGGGGCCGAGAUCAUGCUGGCCAACGGCACCAUCGUCGAUGCUAAGCCUGGAUCUGACCUGCUCUGGGCCAUCAGCGGAGCGGGCUCAUCGUUCGGGGUCAUCAUCUCGCUCACAACCAAGACCUGGCAGCCUGCCCACGCGAACAUUACCACCUUCACCAUCACGCUCUCCCCCGAACAGGGGCCCGAUGGCGCGGCCUCGGCGGUCAUUGCCGCGCAAGAGAUGGCUCUGGCGGGUGAGAUUCCGGACGAGUUGGCCUUGCGAUUUCAAUUCAGCAAAAAACCAGGCUACAACACGCUUGGAUACUACUAUGGCGACCCAAAGGAUUUCGACUCUGUCAUCCAGCCCCUAAUGGACAAGAUGCCCGCCAACACCACCAUCGAGUCGGAAUCCGUCGAAUUCUUCGAGGCUGAAUCCACCAUCGCCGUCGGCGCCAAGCUCCCCCAGGGCGGUACCUCCCCCCCGCGUACAUUCUACAUCCAGUCCCUCACCACGACGGCCGACCACCCGCUAAGCCUCGAAACCGUCACGCUCGCCUUCCAGCGCGCAACCGUCGACUUCGACCGCCCCGACCUGAAGUCCUCGGGCUUCUUCGACAUCUACGGCGGCUUCUCCAAGAACGUCAAGGAUAGCGAUCACGCGCAUGCCAUCGGCAACGUUCUCUGGUUCAUCCGAAUGGACACCAACACCAUGAAGAACGAUGACCCCUGGCCCGUCGACGGCACCAGCUACGGCAAGAGUAUCCUCCUUCCCUUUGAGGAAGCCCUCACGGCCGCCAACCAGCCCCUGCGCGGCUUUGCCAACUACCGCGACAGCGAGCUGACCGAGGAUCAGUGGUCAUCCCGCCUGUACGGCGAGAACUACGGCCGCCUCAAGGAGAUCAAGGCCGCCUACGACCCGACUGGCAUGUUUACCAACAACAAGCAGUCCAUCGCGUGA